GCCGCGCGUGCGCGCGCUAUCCUGCUGACGGUGUGCGCUGUCACCUAACCUAGUUCAUUGUUUAUUUGGCUUUUAUUCAGUUAAGUAACAUGAGUAUACAUCCGUUGAGUAUCAAUUUGGUGAAGAGCGACAGUAAAGGCGACAGAUUAUUAUUCCGGUAUCCACACAUGACUAAUCAUGUGGGGGAUUCGAGUCAGUGCACGAAACGAAAGACUCCUUAUUCGAUGGUCAUCACCGAGGAUUUAUUGCAGCCUUUGCCAUUUCUGUCGUCAAACAUAAGUAAUGGAAACCUGACUGGCUUAACGGAUGAAGUUCUCUCCACUUUAUUUGCCGUAAAGCCAGAAUUGUGCGAGCAGAAGUUUGAAUUGAAGAUAAACGAUGUUCGCUUUAUUGGGCACCCGACUUUGGUUCCAUCCCGUGGCUUGAAGGAAAUAAACUCUUCUAUGCUUUUCAAUAUAGUCUUUACGCUGCAAGCACAAGCGAGUCACUCGAUAGUAAAGUGUUACUACGAUCUAAGCAAAAGAUUGGGCAUAGCAUUGAGACAUGAAGAAAAGAGAUGCGGUUUUCUCACGGACGAAAUAAAGAUAAUGGUAUCGACACACGAUGAGAUUGCUGGAAGGUCCGAAGGUGAAAGCGAUUGCGAUGAAUCGCCAUACGAGUUAAUCCUUCAAAGAAGCUCAUUGGCACGUGGUUUAAAGUCCGCGUUUAGUUAUCUUAGCUCUUCUGGCAUAGUCAGUAUCUCAGUUAACAAGUGGAUCCAAAUACGUUUCUGUCUUCCGCAAAAGGUGCAUCAGUCGCAUAAAAAAGGACUACUUGUCGACCCUGAAACUAUAGACAGGUGUUUGAACAGUUUAAGACCUUAUCAUGGCAUACUCUUGUUAACUGAGCCUUUGGACUUGUUAGAAUCUUUGCAAAUAGAUUGCUCUCCGGCACUUAAGCGUUUGAUACAGAUGUACAAUCCACUGAAAAGUUUGCAAACUUUAGCCGCAGAUUCGGAUCUGACACUCGCACAGGUGUUUCAGCUAGUUGGUCAUUUAGUUUACUGGGCAAAGGCUACAAUAAUUUAUCCAGUUUGCGAAAGCAACGUUUAUGUUGUCUCCCCCGAUGCUGUUUUGACUAGCCAGUUGCUAGAUUCUUUCUCCGAACACUUCCCAGGAGUUUACUUACUUCAGAUAAUCAAUGAUUUCUCGCUACCAACUUCCAUUAGUCAAAAGCUGAAUCCUUUGAGUCAGCCGCAACAGCAAACGCAAUUAGUAAAGAUAAUCAUAUGGCUAUUAAAAAAUCAUUUGCUUCUACAGUUGCACACAUAUGUACGAUGUGUGCCGACAGUGUAUGGCCGUUUAUCAUUGGAUAUACAGGACCAGCAAACGCAUGAUAUAAGUGCGAGGAUAGAAGAAAGUGAAAGCACAUGGAGUUUAAUUGAAACGCCAAAAGGAACGCCUACUGAAAUCAAAGAGGAGUUAUCGCUCACAGAUAAGGAGGAUGCAUUAUACGAUUAUCAAUCGGAAGAUUACGAUAUUCCUUCUGAUGAUAGAAAAUUACUAGAUAGACUAUGCCGUCUCGGCUAUUUCGACGGAGAUUAUCACUUGGAGGAAAUUAUGUAUCUAGAAAAUAUUCGUAGAUCCCAGCUGUUACAACUUCUGGAUAAAUUUCGAGAUGUAUUAAUGACCUCCGAGUCCGAAGAUCCCGCCAUAGCACUCUUUUAUAGUAGAUUGGGUACUUGAUUUUAAUUGUAAAUAAUGAUUAUAUUUUAGGCGAAUCGAUUCUUUUUUUCGAUUAAAAGAUGCCACAAACACAAUUUGUAUAAUUUUAAUUACAGCUUAGCUAUAAUGCAUAAAGUUUACCUCAUGAGAUUAUAAUUUUAGAAAUGUUUUCAAAUAAAGGACAUGUUCACUGUU